AUGUCUGAGGAGUCCAAGCCGGUCGAGCCGGUGGUCGACGAGACCAGCACCGAGCUCAAGGGCAAGGCCAUCGCCGAAGCCGAAGCUGAAGCCGAAUCCGGCUCCGAGUCGGAGCACGACGAACAUGACGAGCAUGCCGAUCCCAACGCCGCCGAGGGCUCCAGCGACAAGAAAAAGAAGAAGAAGAAGUCGAAGCGCGCCAAGGUCAAGGAGGCCCUGACCGGCCAAAAAUCUGGCCCUACCGAUUCCGACUUCCACAAGGCCCUUGACGGCCUCACUCCCCAGCAGAUCAAGGAGUUUCUCGCCCUCAACCCGGCCCUGGCCAAGGAGGUGUCCAAGGCCUCGAGCAGCGAGAACCCCUCUGCCGAUGAGGCCGCCGCCAUGCUGCGCAAGAUGAACCUCCAGGACAUCAUGACUGGACUUGCCGCCGGCGGAAAGAAUGCCAAGGACAUGGGCUCUUACAAGUUCUGGCAGACGCAACCUGUGCCCAAGUUUGGCGAGGACUCGACUCUGAAGGAGGGUCCCCUCCGCAUCCAAAAGGUCGAGGAGGUGGACAAGGAGCCUGCGCCUCUGAUCGCCGGUUUCGAGUGGGUGACGAUGGAUCUGACUGAUGACGAGGAGAUCAAGGAGGUGUAUGAGCUCCUCAACAAGCACUAUGUUGAGGACGACGAGGCCAUGUUCCGCUUCAACUACUCUCCCUCUAUCCUUCGAUGGGCCAUGAUGCCUCCUGGCUGGAAGAAGGAGUAUCACGUUGGCGUUCGCGCCACCCAGUCGCGCAAACUCGUCGCCUUCAUCUCAGCCAUCCCCGUCAGGCUGCGCGUUCGCGAAAACUUCAUCACCUGCUCCGAGGUCAACUUCCUCGCCAUUCACAAGAAGCUUCGAGGCAAGCGCCUCACUCCCGUCCUCAUCAAGGAGAUUACCCGCCGCAGCAACCUUAACGAGAUCUGGCAGGGUCUCUACACUGCUGGUGUCGUCCUCCCCAAGCCCGUCAGCACAUGCCGGUACUUCCACCGUGCCCUUAACUGGCAGAAGCUGUACGAGUGCGGCUUCAGCCCUCUUCCCCCUAACAGCAAGCCUCAGUACCAGAUUCGCAAGUAUCACCUACCCGAGAGCACAAGCACCAAGGGUCUGCGCCCGAUGGAGGAGAAGGAUCUCGAAGCCGUCAUGGAUCUGUACAAGCGAUACACAUCUCGUUUCGAUAUGACACCCGAGUUCACUCGUGAGGAGGCCUAUCACUGGUUUGUCCCUAAGAUUGAGCCCAGCGGAGAGCAGGUUGUGUGGACAUACGUUGUUGUGGAUAACGACAACAAGAUUACCGACUUCUUCUCCUUCUUCUGCAUUGAAUCCUCUGCUAUUGGUAACACCAAGCACAGCGUUAUCAAGGUUGCCUACAUGUUCUACUAUGGAACCGAGGUGGCCCUGCAAGAGACUUUUGACAAGGCCGCGCUUAAGAAGCGCCUCAACGAGCUCGCGCACGACGCUCUCAUCCUCGCCAAGCAGUACAAGUUUGACGUCUUCAACGCCCUCACCCUCAUGGACAACGCCCUCUUCCUGGAGCAGCAAAAGUUUGGUGCAGGUGAUGGCCAGCUUCACUACUACCUGUUCAAUUAUCGCCUCAACCCCAUCGGCGGUGGUGUCGAUCGCAAGAACCACCUUGAUGAGGAGAACCUCAGUGGCAUCGGUUUGGUGAUGCCUUGA